AUGAGUGCGCUAUCANNGGUUGAGCCCCAGGAGAAGAAGAAGACCCCCAAGGGCCGCGCAAAGAAGAGAAUCACGUACACCCGCCGUUUCGUGAACGUCACCAUGACCGGUGGCAAGAGAAAGGUGCGCAUAAUCCUCACCCUCUGGGCUCUGGUCGCAACAGGCGCUGACAAGGCGGUAGAUGAACCCCAACCCUACCUCGUAAACGAAUUCCGGAUCUGGAGUUUGAGAGAUGGGGCAAAGACGGGCACAUGGAUAGCACGCAGUCUGGCGACACCCUCGAUUCAUCACUGGGCGGCCAGACCGUUUCCUAGCCCUGGCAUCCAUGAUGAUGAUUCAAAACUCUGGUGGACACGCAUGGCUGAGCAGCUGCUGUUCCUUUUUCACAACAACGGUUACGUCUUCUGA